CCCUCUGCCUCUGUCCCCAGUUCUGGCAUAAAGCAUGCUUCCACUGCGAGACCUGCAAGAUGACACUCAACAUGAAGAACUACAAGGGCUAUGAGAAGAAGCCCUACUGCAACGCACACUACCCCAAGCAGUCCUUCACCAUGGUGGCCGACACCCCGGAAAACCUCCGCCUCAAGCAACAGAGUGAGCUCCAGAGUCAGGUGCGUUACAAGGAGGAGUUUGAGAAGAACAAGGGCAAAGGCUUCAGUGUGGUGGCAGACACACCCGAACUCCAGAGGAUCAAGAAGACCCAGGACCAGAUCAGUAACAUAAAAUACCACGAAGAGUUUGAGAAGAGCCGCAUGGGCCCCAGUGGGGGUGAGGGCCUGGAGCAGGAGCGCCGGGAUCCCCAGGACACUGGCUAUCGGCGGCCCCAGGAACAGCAGCCUCACCACAUCCCAACCAGCGCCCCAGUUUACCAGCAGCCCCAGCAGCAGCAGGCAGCCCAGUCCUAUGGUGGCUACAAGGAGCCUGCAGCCCCGGUCUCCAUACAGCGCAGUGCCCCAGGCGGGGGCGGGAAGCGGUACCGCGCCGUGUACGACUACAGUGCCGCCGACGAGGACGAGGUCUCCUUCCAGGACGGGGACACCAUCGUCAACGUGCAGCAGAUCGACGACGGCUGGAUGUACGGGACCGUGGAGCGCACCGGCGACACGGGGAUGCUGCCGGCCAACUACGUGGAGGCCAUCUGAGCCCGCCGGGCACCGCCCGCCCCUUCCGUCUUCAGUGCAUUCCACAGCAUCGCAUCCGUCCUGGGCGUGACCUGUCCACCCUUUGGUGUCUCUGUUUUUUAAAAUCUGCAACAGCUUGUUUAUUCUCCCCCUC